CAGAGCUGCCAAAUAAUGAAAUAUCAAAUAAUAUAUUAAAUGAUAUACAAGUGCUUUUAUCUGAAUAUGUUACUACUAUAUUGGCAUCAAAUUAUAAUUAUAUCAUUUUUGAACUUAAUCAACUUCCUGAUUUUAUAAUAGCAGAAGGAUUCAUUAUAUAUCAAUUUGAA